UGAGUCAGUUCCUGCAACGUUUUACUCUGAUAGGUUUAAAGUCAAAUGAACUUUAACCUUCGUGGUUCAGCUUCGCAGUGAUUUUUCAACAAGCAUGGCGGCUAUAGGAGUACAUUUCGGCUACACAUGUGCCUGUGUAGCUAUUUUUAAGGAUGGCCGAGCGGAGGUGGUCGCCAAUGACGCCGGAGACCGAGUCACUCCUGCGGUGGUGGCUUACCGAGACACGGAACAGAUAGUAGGGAUUGCGGCUAAGCAGGGUCGUGUCCGAAACGCAGCCAACACUGUGGUUAAAGUCAAACAAGUGCUGGGGAGGAGUUUUGAGGAUCCUGAGGUGCAGACGCAUAAAGCUGAGAGUAAAUGUCCUGUUGUCAACAAGGGAGAGAAGCCAGUGUAUGAGAUGACUGGAGAGAUGACCAGACAUGUGGCUCCCCAAGAUGUUGCCAAGCUGAUCCUACACAAGAUGAAAGAGACGGCUCAAUCGGCCUUGGGCGCUGAUGUCACAGAGGCUGUCAUCACUGUCCCCUUUGAGUUCGCACAUGCUCAGAAGGCGGCGUUGAGGGCGGCUGCGGAGGCGGCAGGGUUCCGUGUGUUGAGGCUGAUCCACGAGCCAGCUGCUGCUCUACUGGCCUACGGAAUCGGACAGGACUGCCCCUCUGGGAAGAGCCAUGUCCUGGUGUAUAAACUAGGUGGGACGUCUCUGAGUGUGACGGUGCUGCAGGUGAAUGGUGGAAUGUUCCGGGUUCUGAACACCCACACAGACCACAGCAUCGGAGGAGAGAGCUUCACAAGCGCCCUGGCACAGCACCUGGCUGCAGAGUUCAAACGGUCGUUUAAACAGGAUGUUAGUAGUAACGCGCGGGCCAUGUUGAAGCUGAUGAACGGAGCAGACAUGGCCAAACAUUCUCUCUCCACGCUGGGUUCUGCUAAUUGCUUCGUUGACUCGCUACACGACGGCAUGGACUUCGACUGCAACAUCUCCAGGGCCCGUUUUGAGCUGCUGUGUUCUUCCCUGUUCAACAAGAGUGUCCAACCAAUCAGAAGCCUGCUGGAGACGACUGGGCUCUCUACUAGCGACAUCAACAAGGUGGUUCUCUGCGGGGGCUCUGCGAGGAUUCCUCGGCUGCAGCAGAUGAUCAAAGAUCUGUUCGCUGACGUGGAGCUGCUCAGCUCCGCCCCUCCUGAUGAGGUCAUAGCGGUCGGCGCAGCGAUGGAAGCGGGCCUUCUAGUCGGGCGGGAGAUUGGCUCCUCCCCAGAGUCUGUUACCGUGGAAGCCUGUGUCUCAGACAUUCUGCUCAAGGAGGUGGAUGAAACAGGGGCUGAAGUGUUCUCUGUGCUCCUCCCCUCGGGCACGCCCCUUCCUGCUCGGCGACAUCACAUCCUGUCUGGUCCUGGCCGCCUGGCAUCCCUCUGUCUGGAGCUUUACCAGAAAACCACAGAGGAGCCAGAGAGACUGGCCAAGAUUGUUCUGAGAGACCUGGAGACCAAAGAGGACAACCAUGACAUUGAUGCCGUGGUGACCAUGAAGAGGGAUGGGUCUCUCCAUGUGAGCUGUGUGGAGCAGAACAGUGGGAAGACUGAAGCCAUCAGUAUAUCAGCAGCCUCCUGAUUUCACCACGAGCUCCAAGUUAAUGUCACUAUACUUGUUGUUGAAGUUCCUUUUAAAGUUUAAAUAAAGACAUUAUGGUUUAA